AUGCUCCGUUCCCAGGACAAUUACAAGUAUAAUGAAAACAGGAAGCAUGGUUCCCAGGACAACCGAGCUGAACCUGCGAAGAUAGAUCGUGCGGUCGAGAAGGAACCAACCAUUAAGGAAUCAGGCUCUGUCCUAAAGAAGCAGAAAGAGGCACGCUCUGAGCGAAAUGCGAAGAAACGCAUCUUUCGGGAGUAUGAGGAGCAAGUCAUGAACGAAGCGCGCACAACCAAAGAGAAAACAAACAUCAGGGUGACACGCUCAGUCACGAAGAGGCGGGCUGCGACAAAAGAGGAGAUGAAGCUCGGUGAAAAUGUCAUGUUCACCGUACCGCAGGCUAUUACCAUAUACAAGAGACAGGAGAAGGAUGGUUUUCCAUUGGAUCUACAGGUAGAAAGAUUCAGGACGGGAUAA